AUGGGCUGCACCGGCAGCGCCCUGCGCUGCUGCCCCGCCGGCGGCAAGGUAGCGGCUGCGGGGGCGUGCUGGGCUGGGCUUGGGAGACAGCGAAAAGCCCAGCAGCAGAGGGAACCGGCUUCCCAGGAGCUCACGGCCUUGAAGACAAAGAACGCCGAUGCCGCCCUGUUGCCUGAAGACGGGAAGGAGAAGGCAGCGCUGCGAGAGGAGCGGACGGAGAGCGCGAGACUCCUCCAAGGCCAGGAGGAGGAGGAGGAGGAGCGGCUUCACGGGGGCCGGGGAGGGCCAGAGCAUCCUUUACGCUGGGUCAGACACAUAGGGUUUUGUCAUCUCCCUGCUUCCCAGGUGGAAAAGGGAAAAGACCUGGGGCUGGAGGAGCAGUUUGAUGCCCUGAGGAGAGAGCACACGGAGACCCUGCAAGAGCUCCAGAGAGCACACGAGCAGGAGAAGCUGCUCCUGGCAGAGUCCCACCACAGGUCCCAGGCGGCCUUACAGGAGACGAUCCAGGCGCUGAAUUCCCAGCUGAAGUCCUUCCAGGAGAGGAUGAAGCGGGUGGAGGAGUCGCUCUUGAGCACAGACUACAAGAAGCACAUCCAGGAACACGGGAGCCCCAGCCCCUUCUGGGAGCAGGAGCUGGAGAGCCUGCACUUUGUCAUCGAGAUGAAGAACGAGCACAUCCACGGCCUGGACAAGAAGCUGCUGAACCUGGAGACCGUGGCGGAGAGGAACCUUCUGCUGGAGGAGAAGGUGAAGACUCUCCAGCAGGAGAACGAGGACCUGCAAGUUCGCACCCAGAACCACUUGGUCAUGGCCAGGCAGCUGUCGGAGGAGCUCCUGGCCGCCCGCGGGGCGCUGGAGAAGGAGGCGCAGCUGCGGGAGCAGGCUCGCCGCGAGAAGGAGGAGCUGCUGUACCGGGUGCUCAACGGGGGGGACGGCUCCCCCUUCCCCAUGGCUGCCGGCGAGGUGCCCCUCAUCGCCACGUAGCACGCCGCCAACCGGCACCGUGCGCUGCCGGGGGGGCUGUCGGGGCUUUCCUCCGGGUGCGUGAGCCCA